CAGUCUCUGUGAUACUCGGCGCUACUGCGGCGCAAAACAUGGCGUGUCUGCGCCCCGAAGAGCCGCUCUCCGCCGCCGCGCAUCUCUGCGUCUUUCUGUUGAUCGCCUCGGCCUGGAUGACCGGGCCGGGACCCGUGCGCGGUGACAACGGGGUUAUAACCCGGCGCGGCGGGGAAGACCCUCUGUUUGGCACGGGCAGCGCAGACGGAGGCUCCUCGCCGGGCUCACCGACAGACGGUGACGAGGAAGCCGCUGGCGGGGAGAGUUCACCCCGCUUCAGGAGAGCGCUGUCCCGGGAAAAACCAAUGACCCUGCUGAGCAGCUCGUUCGUGCUCAAAGGGGAUGCGACCCACAACCAGGCGAUGGUCCACUGGACAGGAGAGAACAGCAGCGUCAUCCUGAUCCUGACCAAGUACUACCAUGCUGACUCAACCAAGGUGCUGGAGAGCUCACUUUGGAGGUCUACUGACUAUGGCACCACCUACACCAAACUCAACCUGAUGCCAGGAACAACUAUCGUGUUAACCAGCUUCUACAUUUGCCCAAACAACAAAAAAAAGGUACUGUUGGUAGGUUCAUCCGUAAAUGAAAGGGAUCAGAUGCUGUUCAUCAGCACCGACGAAGGUGCCUCCUUCCAGCGACAAACCAUCUCCUUUACACCGGACACGCUCAUCUUCCACCCUAAGGAAGAAGACAAGCUCCUGGCCUACUGUAAAGAUGGCAGGCUCUUCGCUUCGACAGACCUGGGCCGCAAGUGGACUUUGCUUCAAGAGCGGGUGACCAAGGACAAAGUGUUUUGGUCAGUAUCUAAUGUGGAUGUGGACCCUGAUUUGGUGCACAUGGAAAUGCAAGACACAAGUGAAGGUUACCUGUAUGUUACCUGUCUCAUCCAGAACUGUUCGGACAAAAUGUUGACUGCUCAGUUUCUUGGCAAAAUCGACCACAACUCUCUACUGGUGCAGGAUGACUACAUAUUUGUCAAGGUCACCACAGGGGUUCCUACCAAGUACUUUGUGUCCUAUCGGCGCAAUGAAUUUGUCCAGAUGAGAUUUCCUAAGUACGCAUUACCAAAGGAUGUUCAGAUAGUGAGUACGGACAAGAACCAAGUCUUCCUCGCCCUCCAGGAGUGGUACCAGUCAGACACAUAUAACCUGUACCAGUCCGACCCCCAGGGCAUCUACUACUCUAUCGUCCUGGAAAAUGUUCGCAGCACCAAGCAGCCAGAAGAGAAUGUCCUCAUUGACAUACUUGAGGUGCGUGGAAUCAACGGAGUCUUUCUAGCCAAUCAGAAGAUCAAUGGCAAAGUGACAACUCUCAUCACCUAUAACAAGGGGCAACACUGGGAAUCGUUGGUUCCACCUACCACUGACAUGAAUGGCAAGCAAAUCAGCUGCAAAGCACCGGACUGUCACCUCCACCUCCACCUCCGCUGGGCAGACAACCCCUAUGUGUCUGGGACAGUCCACACCAAAGAUUCUGCCCCAGGUCUCAUCAUGGGUGCUGGUAACCUUGGCUCCAAGCUAGUAGAGUAUAAGGAAGAGAUGUACAUCACUUCAGACUGCGGGAAGACAUGGAGACAGGUUUUUGAGGAGGAGCAUCACAUCCUGUACCUUGACCACGGUGGGGUCAUUGUUGCCAUCAAGGACACCUCCAUUCCCCUCAAGAUACUCAAGUUCAGUAUUGAUGAAGGACGGACGUGGACCAUUCACAACUUCACCAGCACCUCAGUGUUUGUUGAUGGACUCCUGAGUGAGCCAGGAGACGAGACCCUGGUUAUGACUGUGUUUGGGCACAUCAGCUACAGGUCAGACUGGGAGUUGGUCAAAGUGGACUUCAGGCAGUCGUUCCCGCAUCAGUGUACAGAGUCUGAAUACGGGCUCUGGAGGCUAAAAGACCUCCAGGGAGAGAAGUGCAUUAUGGGCCAGGAGCGGAGUUUCAGAAAAAGGAAGGAUGCAGCGUUCUGUAUCAAAGGGAAAAGCUACACAUCAGCUCUCACCACCAAAGCUUGCCAAUGCACAGAAAGAGACUUCAACUGUGACUAUGGUUUUGAACGGUCCCCAACUGGAGGCCAUCGCUGCUUCGCUGACUUCUGGCAUGAUCCAGAUUCACCACCCAAAGACUGCCAUCUAGGACAAUCGUAUACGUCCAGCACUGGCUACAGGAAGGUGAUAUCUAACAUGUGUGAAGGGGGGCUUAACCAGCAGCACAGUAGCAAACAGCACAACUGCCCUCUGUUGCCCCCAAAAGGACUACAGGUUGGCAUCAAAGGUCAAAUGUUGGCCGUGGCUCCUGGUGAUGACAUCACUUUCAUUGUCCACCAGGAAGAGGGUGACACCAGUAGCACUAGGUACCAGGUGGACCUCGGCGACGGGGUUUGGGCCAUCUACCAGAAUUUGACAGUGACAGACGAGCCCAUCCAACAUCGUUAUAAAAAUCCAGGCGUUUACAAGGUCACUGUAAAGGCAGAGAACAUGGCAGGGCAAGAUGAGGCCACCAUGUACAUCCAGGUCACAGCCCCCCUACAGGAAGUGCACCUGGAAGUGGUACCCAUCACUCGUAGAAACCAUGAGGUUAAUCUGACAGCCAUAGUCCUUCCCAUUGAGGCCAACCUGUCUGUCUUCUACUGGUGGAUUGGAGACUACCAGCGGCCUACACUGACUCUGCAGAACAGCCUUUUGACUCGUUUUCCUGAGACAGGAGAGGUUUCAGUCACUGUCCAGGCUUCUAAUGGACGAUCUAUGGUGCAGGAUACCAGGACAGUUCGAGUCUACGAUAACUUCCAGGUCAUCCCUCUGAGUUUCAGCACAAGUCUGGACAACUUCAACCCCAACAUUCCAGAGUGGCGAGAGGAAAUCGGCCAGGUUGUCACCAAAAUACUCGUUAAGACAACAGGUGUCCCUCUGGAGUCCCUGGUUACGGUGGUGAAGCCAGGCCUCCCCACCACAGCUGACUUGUACAUCCUGCCACUGGACAGGAAACCAGCCAAGACAAGCAAGGUUCAAGAUAAGCGUAUUCCAGCCAUCAUACAAUUCUUCAAUGGCAACAAUGUCAGCUUUGUUAUGCGUGGAGGACUUCAAGUGCUGGUGAAGCUAGCUGAUCCGAACGCAGGCUACCAUGGAGCUGUUGGAGGUCCAGGUUUUUGGGCCCUUACAGUGACUUUCUCAGUAAGCAUCAUCGCCACUGGCUGCUUCAUCCUUUACAAGUUCAAAAGGAAGCUCCCAGGUAGCCGUAACGUCUAUGCUCCGAUGCACAACGAGAAGGAGCAGGAGAUGACCAGCCCUGUCAAUCAUAGCGAGGACACCCAGGACAUCAUCCAGGGUCAGGAGUUCAUUGACGAUGACCUGGACUCGCAGACUCUAGGUAACACAGGAGGCAGCCAUUCCGGUGUGGUCCUUAGCAUCAACUCCAGAGAACUACACACUUACUUGACCAGCUGAUGCCUGCCAUGGCAAUGCUAACGAGCUAGACUAACAAGCAGCAUCGUGACUCCACUCGGCCGUCCUCCCCUCUCCUUCUCUUUUUUACCACACCAUGGCUUCCUGAACACUUCAGCAGCUAAAAUGUGAUUUUUGGUAUGGAGGUCUUGAUGGCCUCACAUGGACACUUGGUUGUUUUCUUUUCAAAACACAGAUAACCUAGUCUCUUACAAUGCUCAAAAGCAGUGACUAACUAUUUUUCAGUAAUAUUCAGUCAGAGAAUGUUGAUCCAUUUGGUAAUCCAAAAGGCCAUUGCCACUGAAAUUAGGUAAUGGCCAAAGAUGGGUGCACUUUAAUGAUUUUCAAGCAUUGAGUUGUGAAUAUUGGAGAGAAAAUAUCUUUAUUCUUUAAUUGUAUUCACCCUUUGCUUCCCACCAAUAGACAAUAAUAUGACAGUUUUGGCAUGCAAGAUAAUGGUGUUGCACUUUCUUAAAUUCAUAUUUCACAGCUUCUCUGGAAUCCUACUAUUCCUCCUCCCCAAUCUUUCUGCGUCAGAGUUUCCCUAGAGUCAUACACCAUCGUGAAGGCAGCGUAGUUGAUGUAUUUUACUGUAUCAGCCUAUAUUAGGCAUAGCCCACAGUGGAAUAAUGGCUCCUUUAAGAUCUGGUAGUUUGUAUGUAAAUGUUUAAAUAUGAGCAAUCUCUACUUUGUACAUGAGUUUGGGAGUGAUUUACUACCAAGCAAUUUGUUUUAACUCGGUUGAAAAUAAUCUCCAGUUUCCUUUUCCUUUCAUAAUCCAGUGUAAAGUCAUGUUCAAGAUAAGUGUAUCGUCUUCAUUGUUAACUGGAAAUAAUUUUCUUCUCAUAUAAAAAAUACUCGCAACUACACGGUGACAACUAUGUAUAUGGAUACUGUAUAUUUGAUAGACCUUAUUCCUCAGUUUCAAUGGUUAUUGAUGUGGCUUUCGAUUAAGUCUUUGUCUUUGUUCAGUUGUUUUGUUUGUCUGUGUCAAUAGAUAAACAAAACAACUGAACAAAGACCUUUUGAUUUAGUCUGUAUACUUUACAGACUCUGAUUUAAAAGGUCUUUGGAUGUCAAGCAUUUACAGUUUUUCUUAUGUUACUUUUGAUGAAGUACUUGCUGUCGACACAUACCAAACAAAACAACUGAACCCUUCGGGUGUAAAGCCUUAACAGACUACCAAUGCAAACCCCUUCAGAUCAAUCACUCAUUCUGAUAUACACCUUUUGUACAUAUUAUGCUCAUGUUCAACUUGUUCUUAUUUUUCUGGUGAUGGGUUGUCAUGUAUCAGUCCCCCUAACCUUAACAAAGUAGAACUUAUGAUAUUCCAAUAUAGGGAAGAGUAAGGUUGACCACACCAUUUUUUAUGUUCCUCUCUUUUUUUAGGGUUGUUUGAUGUAUUGAUUUUGUUUUUUAAAGAAUUGUGUCCUGGAAGCUUAUUGCACUCAACCUGCAUCCUGGAAUAAAUCACUCUCGUAA